AUGAUUAGAACGAAAAACCUCGCGACCGCUCAUGGGCACAUGAAACUGUGGAAUCUACAGAUUCGUGACUGCGACACAAUUCUGGCGCUGCUCCCAAUUCGCCCAACGGAACUCUUUUCGGCCUCUACGAGUCUCACAAUCCCUAACAACCUUCUGAACGACGGCUUCUCGCGCACCCUCACGGCAACAGAACGCGAUCGUCUUUCGACCACUUUCGCACAAGUCCAGCAACUCACCACCCGAAAGCUCAAUGCUGUUCGCGAUGAGCUGUCGAACACAACUUUGCCCAGACUUCUCCGCAUCCGCGAACUAGCCGUCUUCUUACUCCAGCAUCUAACCGAGGACGAACGCGAAACGCUUUGCCCGGGCAGCAAAGACUCGAAUAAGGAAGAUGAUGCAGGAGUUGAGGGUCACGAUGAGGCUCAGCUUGUGGACGUGCUGAACGUCAUCCUGUCCAAUUUUUCAGGCCGGAUCGAUAAGGAGCGCGGAGGAUCUUGGCCAACGCCGGAAGGAGCGCCGAUGGGGAUGUUUACGGUAUUUGAUCAGUGGCAGGACUAUGUUGAAGCAUGCGUGCCCAAGAGUCAGACAUGAGGUGGGUUCAAAGGGGACGAUGAUGGAGGUUGAAGGUUUGAGGCCGAGCUGAAGUCGGGCUGAUUUCGUGUGGCAGAGCGAGGUUGCGUCCUACAUCAACCACAUUCCAUUUCAAUAACUAUCUAUGUUUUCAUCGCGUUUUCUAUCACCUCCGAGCUGCGUCUUCAAGACGAGACAAUGUUGUUUUCGGCCUUAUUUGAGCGACACUCGAAGGCGCUUGAUGAGGAUUCUACGGUAAUGUGAGCACAUGGAAUUGGGGACCAACCAUAGCAAUGAACAGGUUCAAUGAAACGUUCUGCUGG